CAAGUUUGGUGAGAGGAAUUGCAUAAUGUUAGCCUUCCACACUAUAUAUCAGCUGCUGAAUUUAGUAGUACUUGUUGCUUAACCGCGACAUGAAAACAGAGCUCUGUGCGUUCUUCACAGAGGUGGACGACAGAGUGCGAGAAAGCCAAGAAUCUGAUGGAGAUUUCGGCAGAGGUGGUGGUGGUGGUGGUGGUGGAGGUGGAGGAGCAUCUCCCUCUCUUGCUAGCCGCUUUCUUGCAUUCUCAGCUGCUUCGUUCACAGCAGUCCGAAUAUCAUCUUCACUGCUCGAAUCAUGCAUCAUCAGCAUCCAGUAGUUCUCGCAAGGUUCUGAGGCUCUUCUUGCGCGGCACCUCUACAAGACACGGCAUGUACUGUUUAUGGAACGGGGCUCAGGCUGCAGACCGAACUUUUCAGGAAAGCUCGAGGCAUCAAGCAAGACACUCUGAUCACAUUCUCAUGCUGAUCACUCCCUCCUCUCUUGAAACUAGGCCUGCAGUGGAGCACUAUUGACUUUUCUUGAUACACCACUUUCCUUCUCUCGUGUUCUCGUUGGCGGACUCCUAAAUCGUCUACAAUUGGUUCGCUACUUGCAUCAGAAUCCGAACUAGUUUCUCGCAGAGCUUCCACCCUGCGCGUAGGCUUUGGAGAAACGGAAGGCCUAGCACAGUUGUGAUAUUGUGCUAAGAUCUCUUCCUUUGGCCGCCCCGGGAUUUGUUCCCACACGAAAGGCCUAGCAUAAUCGUGAGAUUGUGCUAGGAUAUCUUCCUUUGACCGCCCUGGGAUUUGUUCCCACACGAAAGGCCUAGCAUAGUCAUGAGAUUGUGCUAGGAUCUCUUCCUUUGGCCGCCCCGGGAUUUGUUCCCAAUGGAAGGGAACAGAGACCGGGUUCCCCACAUGAUCAGAGUUCCGCUCUGGUCUGUGUGGAGGAUCAACUAUGUGUGAGGUCACCUUGUUGGAGUGUUUUCUUACAGAUAAUAUUGGUUGAUUGAAAUUCAGCUUCUUCUCCACCAUGUUUUUUCCAGCUCUAUUGUAAAACACAAGAAUGAACUUUUAUAGGGUUUGGAAACACUAAAUCUUCAAAUAUUCUCUCAUUUAUGACAUAUUUAUCUCUA